AUGAAUGCUGUUAUUGUUUGUGGACAACCUGAAUCGCCUGAUCUAGAUCCAUUAGACUCCGACCUACCGGAUAAUGAAACAAUGAUGGCCAAAGAUCCACUAUCGUUGUCCAACGUGGAGCGCAUUUCGGCAUCUUCGAAGCACGAAGUAAAGAAUGACGACAAUUUGAGUGUAUCUACCACAUCGAGUAGCUUAAAAGACUCGGAGUCUUCAGCAACAACAGCCACUGACAGCAAUACCAGUUAUACUUCGAACACGUCCUCAGAAUACUCACAGGAUGACAGUGAAAGUAGCAGUAGUGACUCCAUUUAUACGAGCACUCCUCUAGGUAAUUAUGGUAAUUAUAUGUUGGCACCAUAUGUUGCCAUACCCACUAGAUCACGAAAGAGACUUCGUGGUAGACGCUUGAAUUUUGAUGAUUUGAGCUCAGACAGCGAUCCACUGGAAUGUUCUGUUGAUGAGAGUGAAAGUGCUGAACCGAAGGCAAAACGGGUAGCAGUGGCAGAAUGGAUUAAUGAUAUGGAGCAAUUUUAUGCAUUAAAGAAGCCAAAGUGUAGUAGUACAGAGGAUGAGGAAUGA